AUGUCGCUAGUAACAGGAGGAGCAAAAGCAUUAAAUGCCAUUGAGUUUCUACGACUUUGUGGACGUCUUAAAACACUUAAACGCAGUGGAUGGGUUAAUAAUAAUGUGAUCUUACCUGAAUCUGUGGCUGAUCAUAUGUAUCGUAUGGGAAUGUGUUGCAUGCUAUUGGACGAUGCUAAUGAGACGAUUAAUCGCUCCAAAUGUAUCAAGAUGGCGAUUGUCCAUGAUUUAGCAGAGUCACUAGUGGGAGAUAUUACACCUCAUGAUGGUGUUGCGGAAGAGGAGAAACAUCGUAUGGAGAAGGAGGCACUGGACGAGAUUUGUAACACACUGGGCAAUACACCGUCCGCUGCAGAGAUUCGUUUGCUUUGGAAUGAGUACGAGGAGGGGAUAACCGAGGAGGCUCGAAUGGUCAAGGAUUUUGACAAGUUUGAAAUGAUUCUACAAGCUGAUGAUUAUGAAAGAGCUCAGAAUAUUCCACUGGAUGAUUUUUUUGAAAGCACCAAGAACAAGUUUCGUACACCAUUGGUUCAAUCCUGGGCUAGUGAAUUAACCACGCAACGUAAUGCACGUCUUGAGACGAAAAAGUCUUGGGUGCCAACGCAGUAA